ACACACCACACUCAUCAAAAUCCUGAAAACAAAAAGGGAAGGAAGGGAAGGGUGUGUUUGAUCAUAAAAAAAAUAAAAUUUUAGAGAGAGAAAUGGCAUCAACUUCAUGCUUCUUGCACCACCACACAACACUAUCUACACCGGUAGCAAGAACAACCACCAACUUGCUUUCAUUGAAGCCAAACAACCAGCUUCUAAUCUGCAGAGCACAGAAGCAGCAAGUUGAGGCAAUAGAAUCAUCAGACGCCGUCGUUUCAAGGAGAUUGGCUCUCACUCUUCUCGUCGGUGCUGCUGCUGUUGCCACCAAGGUCUCCCCUGCUGAUGCUGCUUAUGGAGAAUCUGCGAAUAUAUUUGGGAAGCCCAAAACAAACACGGACUUCAAGCCGUACAGCGGAGAAGGAUUCAAGAUAGAAGUGCCGGCAAAGUGGAACCCGAGCAGCGAAAAGGAGUUUCCAGGACAGGUUCUGAGGUACGAGGACAACUUUGAUGCAUCGAGCAACCUCUCCGUCACCAUCACUCCCACCGACAAGAAAGCCAUUACCGACUACGGCUCCCCUGAAGACUUCCUCUCCAAGGUGGAUUAUCUGCUAGGCAAACAGGCCUACUUUGGUAAAACUGAUUCAGAGGGUGGAUUCGAGUCGGGAGCGGUGGCAAGUGCAAACGUAUUGGAGACAUCGACACCGGUUGUAGGUGGGACCCAGUACUAUUUCUUGUCGGUGCUGACUAGGACAGCUGACGGAGACGAAGGGGGCAAACAUCAGCUCAUAACAGCUGCAGUUAAGGAUGGAAAGCUGUACAUAUGCAAGGCUCAAGCUGGUGACAAGAGAUGGUUUAAGGGUGCUAAGAAGUUUGUCGAGAACGCUGCCACUUCUUUCAGUAUCGCUUAAUCAACUUUAAGGGAUUUCGAGUCUGUUUUGUAUGUAACCUUUUUCUUUAUAUAACCUACGAAAACAAACAAGUAUCGACAACUCGAAUCUUGAUUGGAGUUGUCAAAUUUAUGUCCCAUCUCAGUUAUGUGUUGUGUGGAUAUUUCAAAUGUGGUUUUUGCAUAAGAGGAAUUAUUCUUGUCACUUGUCA